AGCCUAUUUACAGCACUUUUCACUUCCCACAACCCUUGGCCGUGUUGGCUGGGAAGGCAAAUAGCAGGUCUUCCCUGACGUCAUAGCACAUGGCGCAUGCGCUUGCUUCGCGCAUGCUGUGUGGUGUGUUUUUUCCGUCUCAGAUCCGGAGCAAUGGUGCUCCAUUUGGUGCCCAGGUGGUCCGCAAGGCUCUUCCGGGCUUCUGCAGGAUGGAGGAGAACCUACGCUCAGGGAGCUUCGGUGGGGUUGAAGUGGCUGGCUUGCCCUCGGGGUAUGUACAGCCCUUUGGCUUGCAGAGGGUACUCCUCCGUCCCUGGCAGCCCUGAGGUGAUGCUGACCUCUGAGAGAUACCCUGUGCAACGGCUGCCAUUUUCUACUGUGUCUGAGGAGGACCUGGCUGCGUUCGAAUGCAUCAUCCCUGGCAGGGUUAUCACGGAUCCAGAGCAACUGCAGGCAUGCAAUGUGGACUGGCUGAGGACCGUCAGGGGCUGUAGCAAGGUGUUGUUGAGGCCCAAGACCUCAGAGGAAGUGUCCCAGAUUCUUAGGCAUUGCCAUAAGAGGAACUUGGCCGUGAACCCACAGGGCGGGAACACUGGCAUGGUGGGGGGCAGUGUCCCCGUCUUUGAUGAAGUCAUCCUGUCCACUGCUCUGAUGAAUCAGGUCAUCAGCUUUCACGAUGUAUCUGGAAUUCUGGUCUGCCAGGCGGGCUGUGUGCUGGAGGAGCUGAGCCGCUACGUGCAGGAGAGGAACUUCAUCAUGCCCCUGGACUUGGGAGCAAAGGGCAGCUGCCACAUCGGGGGCAACGUGGCCACCAAUGCUGGCGGUCUGCGCUUUCUGCGGUAUGGCUCACUUCGAGGGACUGUCCUGGGCCUGGAAGUGGUACUUGCUGACGGAACCAUCCUGAACUGCCUGACCUCCCUGAGGAAGGAUAACACAGGCUAUGACCUGAAACAGCUGUUUAUCGGGUCAGAGGGCACCCUGGGAGUCAUCACUGCCGUGUCCAUCUUGUGCCCGCCCAGGCCCAAGGCUGUGAAUGUGGCUUUCCUCGGCUGCCCUGGCUUUCCUGAGGUUCUGCAGACGUUUAGCACCUGCAAGGGGAUGCUGGGUGAGAUCCUGUCUGCGUUUGAGUUCAUGGACACGGAAUGCAUGCAGUUGGUUGGACAGCACCUCCACCUGACCAACCCAGUCCAAGAGAGUCCGUUCUAUGUCCUGGUUGAGACCUCCGGCUCCAGUGCAGGGCACGAUGCAGAGAAGCUAACCAGCGUCCUGGAGCAGGUGCUGAACUCCGGCCUGGUGAGCGAUGGCACGAUGGCCACCAACCAGACGAAAGUCCAGAUGCUGUGGGCCCUGCGGGAAAGGAUAACAGAGGCACUCAGUCGUGAUGGCUAUGUGUUCAAGUAUGACCUAUCCCUCCCUGUGGAGCGGCUCUAUGACCUGGUGAUUGACGUGCGCACCCGCCUUGGCCCCCGUGCCAAGCAUGUGGUGGGAUACGGGCACUUGGGGGAUGGUAACCUUCACCUGAAUGUGACUGCAGAGGCCUUCAGCCAGGAGUUGCUUGGCGCCUUGGAGCCCUAUGUGUACGCCUGGACCGCAGAGCAGCGGGGCAGUGUCAGUGCCGAGCAUGGCCUAGGCUUCAAGAAGAAAACCGUACUUGGCUAUAGCAAGCCACCCGUGGCUGUGAAACUUAUGAAGCAGCUCAAGGCCCUGCUGGACCCCAAAGGCAUCCUGAACCCCUAUAAGACUCUGCCUGCUCAGGCCUAACUAGAGCUUUUCAGCUCGUUGUGGCAAGAUGAUGGAGCCUCGGGCAUGCAGGGUUGGUGGGCCUGGAGGCCUCCUGGCUGGUGGCGCUUGCAAUGGACCAGGCUACUGUCUCAUUGGUUAGGGACGAGCCAGCUCUGAGCACCUGGUCCUUCUCUGGCCUCCUGCCAGCUCCCUGUGGGCAGGCCAAGUGGGUGGGCAGUCGCCCCACUCCCAAACAGGCCAAAUCUCAGUGCUCUGUGGUAGCCUGUGGAGACC